GUUUGCAUGACGUAUCCGAAAUUUUGUUCAUUUCUGUCGUAGUCCCGAUUGCAAAUUAGCAGGAGUGGCGAGUCGUAUAUUAAAGCUCUAGCGUCGUGUUGAACCGGUUCGGAAGGAUUUUAUAGGAGGAACGGAAUGUUAUUAAUACAUGUUAUCGAUGUAGAACGAAUUCUAUACAAGUCCAUAAACAUAGUGAACUAGAGGUUUAGUGAUUUCGGCUAGCAGUAGAGGUGGCACUUUUUCUUUCGGUGAUGUGAUGAGUGUGCAGUUACCAUACAUUUAUCUCAUAAACAAAAUAGUGACAGAACGUUACGUGAUUCGGUUCUAUGUAGACUUUUCGUUUCGGAAAUAUUGUGUUUAGUUAGAAUUAGACAUUCCCUGGUUUAUUUUUGUGCAAGUGCUUGCUCGUAGCCUGUUGAACAGUCUUUGAAAAACUGACUAGUGACUCGUGAAAACUCAAAUUAAAAGGUUAAUCAGGGCGAAUCGAUUCCCUGUUUAACACCAAGUAAAUGUCGGAUACAAAAGGAUUUUUCAUCACCAAUGCCAAGUGUUAGUUUUUUUGACAAACAUCAGAAAAUGUUCCAAGAUCUCACGUAAACUGUUCUUCUUUUGGGGGGCCUCAGGACGAAAACGCAAAAUGCCCACAAUGCUUUCAACAUUAGAAGAGGAAGCCAGUAAUUUCGACGGCUUCCCUUCGCACGUUGACACUACUGCAAUUACUGUGGUACCCCCAAGUCCACCAAAAAAGCCGCUCAAAACAUUUGCCGAUAUACAGAUAUUGGUCCAUCAGGGCCGGAAGCAAGAUGUUAAAAACAUCAUAAGAAACAACAACUGGCCCGUAAACGACCCGAUAAGGGGACACCUUUGGCCAGUUUUAUGUUCUCAGCACAUGAACAAUAGUAAAUCCAUGGAUGGAUUCUAUUGGGACAUGGUUAAACAAGUAUUUGGAACCAAUGAGCUGUCUGACAAACCUGUAUCAUUACCGCCUUUUGUCGAACCGUCUCAUUGUCAUUCGUACUUUUUGACUCAUCGUGGAAGAUGUAUUGCUGACAGAGUUGUGUCUGUGCUCGGUUAUUCCUGUCCUGACAUUGUCUACAGCCCGACGAUUUAUCCAAUCUGUGCCAUCCUCCUUCACUUCAUGUCAGAGGAGGACGCGUAUCAUUGCAUGACCAGCCUGGUGUCGGCAAAAGAAAAAAUGUUCAUCACGCAAACAAAACUGUUGCAUGACGUCACGUGGAAGACUGUCUUACAGAUUGCAAGGAAACAUGUGAAGAGCGCGGCUGUCCACCUGCAAAGGCACUGCGCAACGUCUCGGGUGGAACGAACGUUCAUGGACUGGAUAUGGUGGAUCCUUGACGGUUUGCCCUUUCCUCAUCUCGUCCGAGUGAUGGACUGCUUUUUUCACGAAGGAAUAAAGGUUUUCUACAGAGUGGCAAUGGCAAUCCUAGUACUGUUUCACAAAAGUUCGUCGAACAGUUCGUCGGACUGGGCAACAGAAAUACAGAAGAUAGGAGUCGAGAACGCGUUGGCGAAGUUUUGCCAGCACAUGCCCGUCUCGCCGCAGAAGGUGCUCAAGACCGCGUUCGGCAUACGCGGCCUAAGCUCGGCGUACAUCUCGCGAGUAUUUAUCCGUACCGAGAUGGUUCUCAAGAGCAAGACCGUGAUAAGCGGCUCGAGGCAGCUCGUGCGACCCAGGUCGACCGAGAAUCUGCCCAACAGCCAAAGCCAAAAUAACAUACAAAUGGUCUCGCACACGCUCACUAUUCGAGAGGGGGCACAUUCCCCCGGUCCUCGGUCGCUCUCCAUGGGCAUCUACCCCAUACAGAACGUUGAUUCACGAAUAACGAAUCACCAAGAUCUAUUGACCCUCUGGUCCUGGUUGCCCGUAAGGAUCACAAUGUACCAGCCGAUUUUGCUCUACACCACGGAAGAACACGGAUGCUCGCUGACGACGUUCUUUGUACGUGUUGAACAACAUGAACCAACGCUGCUCAUGAUCAAAACUUGUAAUAACGAGGUUUUUGGCGCAUACUGCUCGACAAAAUGGGGUGAACGAAAUCUUAAAGACACCCAGGGUCAAAGACAGGCAUACUUUGGAACUGGAGAGACUUUCCUGUUUUCGCUUUAUCCAGAAAGGUCAAAAUACCCUUGGGUCGGGAUAGACGGAGACAAGGUGGAUCACGGAGCGGAACUGUUUAUGGCCGCGGACAACAAAAUGAUCACAAUAGGCGGAGGCGAAGGUCAAGCUAUAUGGUUGGACGAAAACAUUCGAUAUGGCAAGACGGACAGAUGUUCAACGUUCAACAAUCCACCCCUAUGUCCCAGCGGUGACUUCGAAGUCAGGGUACUCGAGGUAUACGGAUUUUCGAACGAACCGAUGAAUUAAAAUUUAAGAUAAUAUAAGAAAUAAAAAUAAUCGAGUCGCAGAACCAACCAACACAAUCAAUCGAAUCAAAUCUGGUAAACCAUUUAGCUUCUUGAUGUCUUGUGAAAAUAAUUAUUAUAAUAAAUAAUAAUGUAUCAAUUUGCGUACGACGUGGUAUGCAUGCAACUUCUUGUAAUCGUAUUUGUACCUGUCCUACACGUAAAUGUUGAAACUGUUGGAAAGAAAUUGCCAGAAGACGAGCUUGAGCAUUCCAAAACGAUUUUUUUGUUUUUUUGAUGGAAUUAAUUGGAAAUGGGAGAACGAACGAGAACGGGUGCUGCCCUCUAUUAA